AUGAGCACUUCGGUCGUUGACGUCGAUGCGGCAAAUCCGUACCGGUACACUUGCCGCACCAGCCUUUCCAAAGAGCAAUAUCAAUCUUUGACCGCUGUGCACAAGGAACUCGCGAAUAGCAAGAAUGCUACUAACUCAAAGGAUCGGCCUUGGCAGAACACUAUUUUCCCAGUAGUAUCCACACAGGACCCCCUGAAGCAGCCUAGCCGAGACUCUUCAACAAGCGGCGCGCUCCGGAAAAGGACCCACCAGCAUCGCAGCGAGAAAAGGGAUAAUACGGAUCCUUCCGACACUAUCGUAUCCACUACUGCGGUCAAUAAAUCUUCCAAACGUCGUCGUCGCCAAACGAAGGAUCCGUCGGCCCCGAAACGACCCAUGGCACCAUUCUUGCGUUUCCUGCAUCAGCAUAUUGGACAAGUCAAAACUCUCAGGUCGAUUUCAUACCGAGAAGCCAUAUCACUGUUGGGAGAGAUCUGGUCGAGCGAGACUCCUGAAGCUCGACGGCCCUACUUGGAAGCGCACGAGGCGGACCUGAACGCCUACAAAAUCGCCUUGACUUCUUGGAACGCAUUGCAAGCGGCGACCACUACUCCCACGCAUACAUCGGAGCGCCGAUUUGACAAAACCCGACGGAUGGACACAGCCCAAACUAGUAGAGCGGCCCUUGAUAAUGGAACUACCACGCUAACUGAGAAGUCUUUGGCCGAGUACGAGUCGAAAAACGAGGCGGCGACAACGAAAGCCAUUGAAAUACUGCCGCCUGUGAAUCCACGCGACUUUGUGCCUCCCAAGACGCGAGUCCAACUGGCGGACGGCUACUAUAAGCGACCCCGAGGAGCUCCGCCAAAGGGAUGUUCCUGGGACAAACGCCAGGGAGUUUGGAUCCAAAAAAUUCCAUCGACAGAAGUCGACGCCUAUCUAGAUACUGCCUCAUCCAAUUGUCGGACGUCAUUGAAGAAGGUCAAAGCUCGUGGCAAUCACUCCAAAACUUUGCAGCCCAAUCAACUUGUGCGCUUAGCUCCACAAGCACGACCUGAACGUUUAAGCGACGGAAGUUUUCGGCGACCUCUAGGAAGACCCCCCAAAGGAUAUUCAUGGCAUUCGAAGAGCGGUGUGUGGCUAUUGAAUCUAGCUGUAUCAAGGGGGGGCAAAGGUGCACACUGUUUGUCAGCUCCAAUUCAGAGCUUCAGGAGUGCCAAAAUCUCUCCGGGUGCGCAGCAGAUCAGUAGAAAAGCAUCGCAACCGGAUCCGCAUGUGCGCGAAACAGAAUUGAGCUCUCCAUUAUUUUUUGGGACGGAUGGCUGUUACGGCGGACCUUCUCUGGCUUCUCCUUUGGAACCACCUGCUCCAUACAUGAAAAAGCCUCUCACAACACUCCCUAGUUGCACAAGACAGAGUUGGCAGGAAUACGAACAGCAGGAUAUGAUGGGCGCGACCAAAUCUCCUUUGCUCUGUAGUUCAAAAAUCACCCAGGAAGAGAUUUAUCUAAAAAGAUGUAUCGCCCCGAAAAGCAAACCCUUCGCCUGUGCAGAUGGAAGUUUCCGGCGACCAAGGGGGAAAGCACCAGCAGGGUACAGCUGGGACCGUCACCAGGGGGCUUGGCAAAGAUCUGAUUCUGUUGCCACCACCAUCGAAGCCAAGGAAGACGACGCAGUGUCAGACAUAUCAGAAAUUCCAAUCAAGGAGGUUUUCAUUAAAAGCGGGUGGGACAUCCCUCGACGAGUAAGUACUCUCUCGCUUUCUUGCGAAAAUGCAGAUGUGCCGGAAUUCAAUUCACCGUCAGUUCAGUAUGAAAGACCCCAAAACCCAUCCAAACCCUUAGAGACUCUUCGAAGCAGCGAACUGGCAAAAAAGCCAGGAUUACAUCGCAAGCCUGUGUACAUGCAUAGCAAUAGUGCGUUAUUGCAAACAAGAUACUCUGCAUGCGGAAGUUGCCGGGCCUGCUGCGAACCCGUCGCCUGUGGGACUUGUCUGAACUGUAUGCAGCAGCUUGACGAUCAUGUUCCGACAUUGUUUGUCCCAACGUGCGCGCGUUGCAUUUGUAUUGCUCCCAUCCUGCGUGUUCCAUCGGCACAAUUAGAGACAAUGUCCGUGUGUAGCUUGUCAAAUCCCAACUCCUUGGUUGAAGAUGAACUUAGUGACCUUGAUUCGAAGGUCAACGAUCAUGGUACUUCGGCAUUCUCAUUCUCACAAUCAGCGUCUCAGUUCUUGAAGCCGAAAAGUGAGUCGAAUUUGAGUAUUUCUGGGGCUGAUUUAGCAAGAAAGUUGGAUGGAAUCAAUCGUGCCCAUGACGACGAAUGCGCAGGAAGCACCGACGAUUCUGUUGUCGUAUAGCUCAGCUCAGGGAAAUUUCUAUUAACAUUAUAGACCCAAUAU